UCCCUCUUUUACACUCUUGGUGGACUCCAUUUACUAAAGAGUGAAGAGCUACGUACAUAAACGUAUCCCCCUUAGCGUUUCUUGCUUUUUACUUUUUGCUUCAUCAGAGAAUGAGUUCUCCGGUUUUGCUUGUGUGGAUUGGAAUUUGGAUGUGUGUGUUUAGUCACAGCGCCAUCAUUCCUGCUGUGGGUGGAGAUGGGAGUGCUGAGGGGACUGUUUUUGUUGAUAGCCAAACAAUCAUCGGGAGGACUGAUAAAGAUUUUAUAUGUGCAACCUUAGAUUGGUGGCCUCCUGAGAAAUGUGAUUAUGGAACAUGCAGCUGGGGUCAUGCCUCUCUGCUCAAUCUGAAUCUGAGCAACAAUAUUCUAGCAAAUGCCAUAAAAGCCUUUUCUCCCUUGAAACUUAGACUUGGCGGCAGUUUGGAAGAUCAAAUCAUAUAUGAUACAGAAGAUAACCGGCAACCUUGUCUUCCUUUUGUUCAAAAUUCCUCAGCCAUGUUUAAUUUCUCUCAUGGUUGCUUACCCAUGCCUAGAUGGGAUGAGUUAAAUGCUCUCUUCAAGAAAACCGGGGCUAAAAUUAUUUUCGGGCUGAAUGCUCUCUCUGGAAGAACUCUACAGCCUGAUGGAACUUCAACGGGAACUUGGGAUCACAAAAAUGCUGAAUCUUUCAUGCGUUAUACCGUCAGCAAGAACUACACUAUUCAUGGAUGGGAGCUUGGAAAUGAAUUGUGUGCGGGAGGAGUCGGAACCAGAGUUCUAGCAGAUCAGUAUGCUUUGGACACUACCACUUUGGCGGACAUAGUCCAAAGAGUUUACAAGGGAAUUAAACCCAAGCCACUAAUCCUAGCACCGGGAGGAUUCUUUGACGAGAAAUGGUUUAUAGAUUUCAUAGACAGGACGACCCCAACUUUGGGUGCCGUCACCCACCACUUAUACAAUCUGGGGGCAGGAGUUGAUAAGAACCUUGUUAACAAGAUUCUGGAUCCGUCCUACCUCGACCGCGUGUAUGAUACAUUUAAGGAUCUCCUUGACAUCCUCAAGAUGUAUUCAACUAGAGCAGUUGCAUGGGUUGGAGAGUCAGGGGGUGCUUACAACAGUGGCCAUCAUCUUGUCACAAAUGCAUUUGUGUUUAGUUUCUGGUAUUUGGAUCAGCUAGGAAUGUCAUCAGCUCAUGACACAAAAACUUACUGCAGACAGAGUUUUAUUGGUGGAAACUAUGGUUUACUCAACACUACUACCUUUGAACCAAAUCCAGACUACUACAGUGCUCUUCUUUGGCACCGAUUAAUGGGAAGAAAUGUUCUUCCAACUAGCUUUUCUGGAACAAAGAAAAUACGUGCUUAUGCUCACUGCUCAAGAGUUUCCAGAGGAAUCACGUUAUUACUAAUGAACCUAGACAACAGCACCACCGUCUAUGCCGAUGUAGCCUUCAAUAGUACUGGGACCUUUAAAAGAAAAACCAUUCUGCUGCCUCCACCUUUUAAAGGCGGAAAUAUAAGAGAGGAGUUCCAUCUAACAGCAAAAGAUGGGGAUCUACACAGCCAAACUGUCCUGCUAAAUGGAAAUAUUUUAGCUGUAAAUUCUGCUGGGGACAUACCUCCAUUUGUGCCUGUAUACGUAAAUUCAUUAACCCCAAUACAGGUGGCUCCCUACUCUAUUGUAUUUGCACACCUGCCAAAUGCUGAUGUCCCUGCUUGUAGGUUGCGGCACUAGGUGGAGAGCUCAAAUUGGUUGCAUCUAGUGAUCAAGAAAGACAAUGAUUUAUUCUUUUUUAUUUAUGAAGUAAGGUUCUUUUUUUUUAUUUUUUUAUUUUUGGGUUGUUGAUUUUAAUCAAUAUGAAAGUUUUUUUC